AGGAGGCAGCCAUGGGCCCAGCCGGAAUGGCAUGAUCCUGAAGCCCCACUUCCACAAGGAUUGGCAGCAGCGAGUGGACACUUGGUUCAACCAGCCGGCACGCAAGAUCCGCAGAUACAAGGCCUGGCAGGCGAAAGCGUGCCGCAUUGCCCCUCGCCCCACGUCGGGUCCCAUCAGGCCCAUCGUGAUGUACCCUACGGUUAGAUACCGCACCAAGGUCCGGGCUGGCAGGGGCUUCAGCCUGGAGGAACUCAGGGUGGCUGGUAUCCACAAGAAAAGAGACAGUUCUCAUGAAGAACUUAAAUUGGGCACUCAGCUAACAGGACCUGUGAUGCCCAUCCGGAAUGUGUACAAAAAGGAAAAGGCCAGAGCCAUCACAGAAGAGGAGAAGAACCUUAAGGCUUUCGUCAGCCUUUGCAUGGCCCGAGCUCUUCCGCAUUCGAGCCAAAAGGGCGAAAGAAGCUGCAGAGCAAGACUUUGA